AUGUCUAGUGAGCAAGCUAGUAGUGAUUAUGGAGCAUUGACUUUUGUUGUUUUUGCUCAAAUUCUGGAGAAAACUCCAGCACCUGCCAUUAUAUUACCAACAAAGGUUGUCGAGAAAACUCCAGCACCUGCCAUUACACUACCAACAAAGGGUGAUUGUGGCGGUACAGAAUCUGACAUCAUCUUCAUUUUGGACUCAUCAACUAGUGUCCAAGAAGAAAACUUCAAGAAAAUGCUAAAUUUCAUUGUUGAUUUUGUGUCUGCUGCUUCCAUUGACAAUGGCAAUGUUCGAAUCGGUGCAGUCCUUUACAGUUCAGACGUGAAAAUCCAAUUCCAUUUGAAUGCUUUCCAAACAAAGCAAGAAGUAAUCGAUGCAGUCCUCCAAAUUCCAUAUGUUUACGGCAGUACAAACACUUACGGCGGGCUUAACACCAUGCGGACUGUAAUGUUCAGCACAGAGAAUGGUGACAGGGCAUCCGUUCCCAAUAUUGCCAUACUGCUCACUGACGGCGUAUCGAACGUCAAUGCUUACGACACUAUUCCAGAAGCAGUGAAAGCCAGAGAGGAAGGCAUCCACAUAUAUGCCAUUGGUAUUGGUCUAAGUGACACUACAGAAUUGAGCCAGAUUUCCUCAUUACCUGUUGACGAAAACAUGUUUAUUGUGACUGACUUCAACGAACUGUCGAAUCUGAAAGAAAGAAUAUUUGAGCAGUAUUGCCCAGAAGGAGGUCAACCAGAACCAACUAGGAGGACACCUAUAAUUGAGACGACAAGAAAGAGAGUUGUGGAGAAAACUCCAGCACCUGCCAUUACACUACCAACAAAGGGUGAUUGUGGCGGUACAGAAUCUGACAUCAUCUUCAUUUUGGACUCAUCAACUAGUGUCCAAGAAGAAAACUUCAAGAAAAUGCUAAAUUUCAUUGUUGAUUUUGUGUCUGCUGCUUCCAUUGACAAUGGCAAUGUUCGAAUCGGUGCAGUCCUUUACAGUUCAGACGUGAAAAUCCAAUUCCAUUUGAAUGCUUUCCAAACAAAGCAAGAAGUAAUCGAUGCAGUCCUCCAAAUUCCAUAUGUUUACGGCAGUACAAACACUUACGGCGGGCUUAACACCAUGCGGACUGUAAUGUUCAGCACAGAGAAUGGUGACAGGGCAUCCGUUCCCAAUAUUGCCAUACUGCUCACUGACGGCGUAUCGAACGUCAAUGCUUACGACACUAUUCCAGAAGCAGUGAAAGCCAGAGAGGAAGGCAUCCACAUAUAUGCCAUUGGUAUUGGUCUAAGUGACACUACAGAAUUGAGCCAGAUUUCCUCAUUACCUGUUGACGAAAACAUGUUUAUGUGA